AUGCUGUAUGCCAUCGGGUAUUUUCUCUUGCUAGGCACCAGCGAUGUCCGCAAAAUUGCUGGAGAUGUUGGACACGACUGGCCCGGGGAUGGCACUCGUGAGAAUCCACAGAUCAUAUCGUGGCCCCCGACUGACCGAUUGAAUGCCCGGAACUUCGCCGCCCCCCGCAAGGCCAUCAUCAUAGUUCUGUCAGGGCUCUCAACGCUCUCCGUUGCCUUUGCGUCCAGUGCCUACUCGGGAGAUCUAUCCUCCAUUUGCGAAUACUUCAGCGUCUCCGACGAGGCUGCCACGCUGGGGCUGUCGUUGUAUGUCCUCGGGUUCGCCAUCGGACCAUUGCUGUGGGCACCCUUGGGGGAAGCCUUUGGGAGGAGGGUCUUGUUCUUAACCACCUUCAGCCUCUUCGCCGUCUUCAAUGUCGCAGCAGCCGUCGCGCCCAACUUCGGCUCGUUGGUUGCAUUCCGGUGUCUGGCCGGCAUGUUCGGCAGCUCACCUCUCACCAACUCCGGCGGCAUUGUAGCCGACCUGUACAGUCCGGAAACGAGAGGCCUGGCGGCAGUCUUCUACUCGGGGGCAACAUUUCUCGGGCCGGUCCUGGGGCCGAUCGUGGGCGGGUUCCUUGGCGAGACACGAGGGUGGAGAUCCAUCGAGGGAUUGCUCGCCAUCUACGCCGGAGUGAUGCUCGUGCUGGGGCUUCUUUUCGUCCCCGAGACCGUCGAGAAUGUGGUGCUUCGGCGACGGGCCGCCGCGCUCACCCGACAGACAGGCAAGUUCUAUAUCACGAGCGUCGACCACCGGAACCCUCCCGGAUCGCUGGCGGGGAGAUGUCGCAUUUCCAUGACCCGUCCUGCUCGGCUCCUCAUCCGCGAGCCGAUUGUCGUGGUCCUUGCCGUCUACAUGUCCUUCAUCUACGGCACCACCUACCUGCUGCUCGCGGCCCUACCCAUUGUCUUCCAGCGCGUCCGCGGAUGGAGCCCGGGAGUGGGCGGCCUCGCAUUUCUCCCCAUUGCGAUCGGCAUGCUGUGCGCCACCGCGUUCAUGGUCAUCAUCAACCGCCAAUACGCACGGCGGUGCCGAACGUCCGGGAGCGGCCGAUUGCCCCCCGAAGCGCGUCUGCAAUCCGGCAAGGUUGGGGCGGUUUUGCUUCCCGUCGGUCUCUUCCUGUUUGCCUGGACCAAUGCGCCCUCGGUGCCCUGGGUGGUCUGUAUGCUGGGCACCGCCUGUUUCGGAUUCGGGAACAUUUGUGUCUCGUUGGCGUUGGUCAACUACCUCGUCGACAGCUAUGUGACCUAUGCAGCCUCGGCGCUGGCGGCUGCGACGGUCCUGCGCUCACUGUGCGGCGCGGCAUUUCCCCUGUUCACCACCGCUAUGUAUGAUGGCAUUGGCAUUCACUGGGCAAGCAGCGUCCCAGCCUUCCUGUCGCUGGUCUGUCUUCCUGCGCCGUUCCUCUUGUCCAAGUACGGCGGCCGCAUCCGCCGACGUUCCAGGUUCGCCGUCGCAAUCGACGACGGCAAAGUAGCCUAA